CACAUUGGCCUCUUCAGCCAGCCAUCAUGGCCUCCGCAGACAUGCACGAAACCACAGCGCCAGCCUCUGUAGAAUCCAGGCGACAACACGACACUGGCUUCCCCGAACCUUUCAAUGGCGUUUCCAACACAACCUUGCCACAUCCCGAGGCCGAUCUCUCACCCAACGCCUUCAUCUCCCAAGACGACCUCACCGCAGGCAAAAUCGGCAAGCGACGCUCUAUUCGACACAGGCACAAGCGAACCAUUAGCCACGGCCGCAUCACGCCCCAGAUGGAGGCCAAGUACCACAUCGACCCGUUGCUCGAAGAGGACGAAGAUGCGCCCGACUCGAUGAUGGACGGCACGGACGGUCUUCGAUCACGGUCGGGCUCUAGCAUCCACCCGAUGGCGCCCGUCAUGAGCAUUUCCACCGGCCGCCCAAGCACAAGCCGCGACGGUGACAGCGUCUUCUCGCACGGCGCCGGCGACUCGUCUCCCACCAUGUCCGAGGGUUCACACAGACCCAGCUUCAUGCGGAGGAAGCUGCGAUUCCUCCAGUAGGACUGGGACAGCGGUACCGAAGCGACACCCCGCAGGCACGCUGUGGACUCUGGCCAGCGGCCGAGUCGACGAGCGUCGCUAGCACGACGAUGACACGGCCUUUUUACUUAACGAACAAGAACUUGGGAUUUCAGCAUGGUGUUCACGGGAGGCGUUGAUUUGGGACGUAUGGUCGCUCUCGGGUUGAAAUGGUCAACAAAAGACAAGAGUCGCCACGCACGCGGGACAAUGGAACAUGGCGAGGCAUACACGCAGCUGGCUCCAUCCCUUUCCGCCUGGCACGAGCGGCACGGCUACAGACAGCACAGCCGCUACAGCAG